AUUGUUGUGAACGUCGCCUGCAGGCUGAACCGAACUCACUGAGACUCAACCAGUUUGUGGAAAAUGUGAAGAAUCUGUGGGGACGUCACCAAGAUGAAGAUCACAUAGAAACACAGAGAGGAAGAUCAGUUCCCUCCACACAGAGACAGCAAGAACACCAACCAGUCCCCUCAGAGUCCGGCUGCACAUCAGAUCCAGAUCCAGGUCCCGGUCCCGGUCCAGAUCCAGGUCCAGGUCGAGGUCCAGAUCCAGGUCCAGAUCCAGGUCCAGGUCCCGGUCCAGGUCCCGGUCCAGGUCCCGGUCCAGGAAGCCUCCAGAAGCACCUGAACGUACAGAGUUUCUACAUCUGCAGCAGUUUAACCUCAGACGCACUACAAGAACUUAAAGGAGCCUCCUCCAACAUGCUCCGCCUCCUGCUCUACCUGUCUGCGCUCAGCCAGCUCACAGGUGCGACGGCUCCACUGUACUCCAGUCAAAUAAACAUCAGCAGCUGUCCGAUCCCGUACUUUGGAAAACUUUACCAAACUCUAUAUGUGAACAUCAGCACCAACGGCACACUUGCAAUUUGUUUUAACAACUAUUUCAGCGAAGGAAACGAGAACGACUGUCUGCUGUUGGAUUCGCAGGGAUACCUGCAGAACGUUUCCUCAAAGAUCAACACCUCUACUGCUAACUCUGGAUCGCAGUUUCAUGUUGCUCUCGGGCAACUUGCCGGCUCGUCGCCAUGCUCUGUGACCCUGAUGAUGCAGGAUAACGCCACCAGCACUCAGUUGACCACUGAGAUGCGUCCGUUCGGGUACCAGGCCGCUGUGCUUCUAACCAUUGCUAAUUCCUCCCUGAAGCCGUUUCUGGAGUUCAAAGUGCAUGUCAACGGUGUUGAACUGCGUAACUGGAAUAUUACAAAGGGCCAAAUGCACUACAAGGACAUGAGCAGCUGCAGACAUUCAGGUCUUGUCUAUGAAACGGACACAGUGGCGUGCGACUCUGAGCACUCCUCCGUCGUAACCUGUAACGCGACGGCGGCUCUCAGUGUCAGCCCCUGUGGCUCCUUUACGCGUUGCCAUGGAAACGGCCAGUGUGUGUUGAAACCCACCUGCACUGUGACUGGACCCGCUGUCAUCGAUUUCAAUGGCAAUGUGACCUUUAUCCAGAAUCGCUGUGCGUACACUCUGAUGUCACUUCCGGGCCUUAAGCUGCUUGCCACCUUCCAGGAACGCCGCCGUAAAGACAUUAGUUUUUUGGACAGUGUGAUCCUGCGUCUGGAUGGGCCGUCCGUGGACAUUAAACUGGGACAAGGCGGGAAAGUACAGCUGGACAACACAACGCUGAGCCUGAACAGCUCGUCUCAGACGAAGCACAACGUGGAGCUCUCUAAGGAUCAAAACGGAGUCACCGCCAAAGUGUUGCUCUCCAACCUCACUGCUUUUAUCAUCUUUGAUGGCACCACCGCACAGAUCCGCAUGAAUGGAUCGGCCUCCCUGCAAGGUUUAUGUGCAAACUCCAGCAGCUCUCUAAGUGAAGUCAAGUUCACCGAGUUCAGCUCUGCUAGCUGCGAGACGGAGCACAAUGACACCGUUGACAGUCGGAUCAACUGCACCAUGAUGACUGAACACUGUAAUCUCCUGAAGGAGGCGCCAUUCACCUCCUGCAACCACAUCGACCCAGAGCCCUACAUCACCGCCUGCAACAACACACUGUGCAGAUACCCGGCGGUGGACAGUCUCCAGUGUCAGUUCCUGGAGGCCUACGCCAGAGCCUGCGGCCUCCUCAAUGACACUCAGGAUGGCUGGAGGUCAAAGACCCGCUGCUCCCCCUCUCAGGGUUUCUGUCAGGACACCUACUGCAGUGAUCAUGAGUUCUGUGGUGAGGAUAUAACUGGUCGAUCCAACUGCCUCUGUCGGGCUGAUUUUGCUGCCAAGUACAAAUCAACAGGUGAUUUAGGUGACCCGACGGUCUGCGGGAACAACACUGCUACAGUUUCUCUGCCGGGUUGUCUCCUGACAGAAAGAGGCAUCAACCACUCUGUUUUACACCUCAACAACGACAGCUGUAGAGGUUAUAUGGAUGAAAAGACCCACAUAAUGACCUUCAGCUUCAACAGUAGCAACCCCUGUGGGGCAGUGAUCUUGGCUGACAACAAGACAGUUACCUACAAAAACACCAUCAAGACAACCGACAGCAACUCGUCUGCUCUGAUCUCUCGCCAAAGCACCAUAAACCUCGACUUCUCCUGCUUCUACAGCCAGCCGGACGACAAACAGAUAACUUUCAAAAUCAAAGGAAGCACUGGGCUGCGGCAGGUUGUAUCUGGAACUUGGAAUUACAGUUUGUCUAUGGGCAUGUUCAGUGACGCUGAAUGCACUAAACCCAUCAACUUUACCAACGGGGUCACGAUGGGCCAAACCAUCUACAUCAACCUGGACACCGACGGGCUGGAUGGCAACGUAAUCAACCUUGUGAUCGAGUCUUGCUCUGCAACCAGCAAGGCAAAUGACAAUGGUGGUCCGAAGUAUGACCUCAUCAAAAACGGCUGUGGGAACCCGAACGACAAGUCGGUGAAAGUCUUGAAAAACAAAAAAGGGGGAAGCAUCAUAGCCUUCGAGAUAUUUAAGUUCAAAGGGAGCAACAGCGGCGUUUUCCUGAACUGCAAAAUGAAGCUGUGUGUGAAGAACAACCCCAGCUGUCAGCCGAAAUGCCAGCAAGGUGGGAGGAAACGGAGAUCUUUGAGGCCUUUGACCUUUGACGAUGAAAACCCAGCCAUCGUCACUUUGGCCUGGACUUAGCUUGUUUCCACGGCGUCUCGGACUGGCUGACUGGCUGUCGACCUUCAGAAUGACUUCCAGACUUUUGCUUUAUCCCAAUCAAGGGUCUUGAUAUCUGAAUCCAUUAAGUUUUAGAAUGACAUGUUCUAAAAAGAUUAGCUCACUCAUCAGGCUGAUCAGAUGUGCCCUCCUCUGUGAUUUAUCCAUCAUACAGAGAGUUUAGUUUAGAGUGAGUCAGAUCUUUGUUUCACAGGAGUCCACACCACCUUCACACAGCGAAUAUUGAGGCCACAAAUAUGUGACCUGUUCUAUGGAAGUAACAGGAGAAGCUCUUAUGCUGGGAUGUCACUUUUGAACCAACUACAACUCACCCAAUUGAAAGGGAUUCCAGUAUAUACUAGGUAUUUCUCUUACAGUUACUGUUUUUGGAGCAGAGAGCAAAAAGGGGUGACAUGACUUUCUAUGUCAUAACUGUGACUUCACUUUUUUUUUAUCAAGACUAAGUUUUCUUUUUACUUUACUGGUGGAUUGGGCUUCUAUACUUCUCAGAUGAUUAAAUGUCAUGAUUUCUGUUCAGUUUCUGUCCUCCAUUUCGGAGUUCCCAGGCUGAUAUCCUGGAGUCUGAUUCCAGCAUUACACAUAAUGACUAACUGGAUGGACUGAUUCUGUAAUCAGUACAAUCAUUUUACUUUUAACAUUUUUACUUUAAUUCAUGUUUUCAAAUAUUAUCAUGUCAUUACACCUAUCACAUAUGUCUACAUCACUAACGCAUCAUACGAACCAUUUGUGAUGGAGACCCGACCCACAACUUUUCAGUCAGUCGUUUGGUUUCUAGUAAGUUUAUCACAGCUGUAUGGGAAUUUAUUCUCGUAUAACCAAGAAAUCAUGAUAAUAUGACAAAAAGUAAUCUAAUGAUUUUAACAUGUAGGGAGGGUUUCUUUGCUUUACUGUCCAGCAUUGUGGGUUCUCUAUGAAAUUACUGGAAAUUAUCAACUGUGAUUUUUACAUUCGCACUCCAGAAAUGAAAACAGUGAUGUUUUCUUAUUUUUGCCACUAAAUUCAUUUAUUAAAAGGUCCAGUGUGUAGGAUUUAGUGCCAUCAUUCAUAUCGCGCCUCACUUCACCCUACCCUUCCAAGUUUGAAGGAGUUGUGUUGCAACCAUCAACAUCAGUUGCCUUACUGACCACAGUUUGUUACUUUACUGUAUUUUCAAGUUUCUAAUUGUCUGUCCUGUUGAUGGAGAGCAGCAGCCGGCAGGCUUUUGUCAGUUCAUGUCAGUUCACACUCAGCUGUAGAUUCCCUGCGAAAAGCAGUCAGUUGUGAGAGAGGCUUUGUGACAAUAAGGUUUAAUAUGACGAGAGAAAGCCCAUCUGAACGCCAUGUCAACAGGCUGAUUAUCUGUUGUCCUCUCUGAUACGAGAUGCUGGUGUACUGUUUCAUCUUCAUCUUCUUUGUCUUAUUAUAAAGUUUGUUUAAGCAUCAAAAAGUAAAAAAUAAAAAAUAGGAAUGUGGGUAAAAGACA